CCCUCUCUUCCAUUGCACCUCUCCCCCUCCCCCUUUCCCCUUCCCCUCAUCCUCUGUCAGCCCCUCUCAGCCUCUGCUUCAGGCUGCUCCUCCGGGCAUGCUACUUAAGCCAAAGUAUGGCCGCUUUCGCAACGACUCUGUGACCUCCUCCGACGACCUGAUGCAGAGCUUAGCCAUGAGCGGCAAAGUUGUGGCCACCCCUGUGGUCCUCUCCUCCGCCCCCAGCCUGCUGCUGCCCCCCCUGCCUCCUCUGGAGUCCAUCCCCGGGUCCUCCUCCGCAGCCCCGGCCCUAGCCGACUCCCCCUGCCUGGACGGGGAGCAGGACGCCACCACCACUUUCUGCAUGCUCAUUCCCAGGAUGCCUCAGUGGAAGUUCUCCAACACUCUGCUGAGCAGGAGCCCCUCCAACUCCAGCUCCAGCUCAAGCUCAUGCAAGGACUCCGGCAAGACUGCGGCCCCCUCAUCGCAGGGCUCGCACGGCCCCAGUGGCCCUUCGGCCCCCAGUGGUCCCGUGGCAAGUCUGGCUGCUGUUUUGAACUCCUGUGACCCUGUGUGUGUCACCCCCUGUUCCCUACAGGCCAUCAGCAGGCAGAGAUCUGCAAUGCGCUCAGCCAGUCCAGGGGGCCACGGAGCAGGGGCUGCAGAGGGCACAGGGAGCCCUGGGGGCCACAACGGCUUCAGGACAGGGAUGAACCGCAGGACCAGGGUGGAGGGCAUGUGGCUGGGAGGGGAGGACUUCAACCAGAAGGGCAGCUUCAUCCACAAGCCCUCCCAGGGAUGGCUGCACCCAGACAAGAAUAUCACAGGCCCUGGGGCCUCCUACAUUGUCAGGUACAUGGGCUGCAUUGAGGUGUUGAAGUCGAUGCGAUCGCUGGACUUCAACACUCGGACCCAGGUGACGAGGGAGGCCAUCAACAGACUGUGUGAAGCUGUGCCUGGGAGUAAGGGGGCCUGGAGGAAGAAGAACAUUAACAAGGCCCUGCAGACCAUCAUGGGGAAGAGUAACCUGCGCUUCGCUGGUAUGGGCAUCGCUGUCAACAUCUCUAUAGAGGGCCUCAACCUGCUCAUCCCCACGACACGACAGGUGAUAGCACACCAUCCCAUGCAGUCCAUCUCCUUUGCCUCUGGGGGAGACACGGACACGCCCGAUUAUGUUGCUUAUGUGGCCAAAGAUCCAGUCAACCAGAGAGCAUGCCAUAUCCUGGAGUGUUGUGACGGUCUAGCCCAGAAUGUCAUCAGUACCAUCGGCCAGGCCUUUGAACUGCAGUUCAAACAGUACCUCCACAGCCCUCCCAAAGCCAUCCCCACCAUGGAGAGGAACAUCAGGACAGAGGACUCGGCAUGGGGUGAUGACGAGGACUCCUCGGAGCAUGACUACUACAACAGCAUCCCAGGGAAGGAGCCUCCUGUUGGAGGAGUGGUGGACUCGAGGCUGAGGCCUUGUACGGCCUUGCUGGGCCACGUCCACAGCCAACCACAGAGCAAGGCAGCGCAGAUGGGUUCUCCGGCCAGGAGAGACACUGCGUCCUACCCCUCAGGUCAGCUGUGCUACGAGCUUCACUGGGACACUGAGAACAACGGCAGCUCAGGUCUGACAUCAGAUGGGUACCUGCGGGCAGACGGCCAUCCCCCGGGAAGUAGAGACUAUGAAGAGCACCUGUAUGUGAACACCCAGAGUCUGGAGGGCCUGGAGCAGGGAGCAGAGGGCCAUAGGGGUGCCAGGGGGCCAGACAGCCCCAAGAAAGACAUAUUUGACAUGAAACCCUUUGAGGAUGCUCUGAAGAUGCACGAGGCCGGUGGUAGCGGUGGGGUGUGCGUGUUGGAGGACGAGUGGCCCAGUCCGCCCCGGCGUCGUGCCCCUGUCGCCCCCACAGAGGAGCAGCUUCGGCGGGAGACCUGGUACCAUGGCCGUAUGAGCCGCCGGGACGCUGAGAAACUGCUGGUCCGAGACGGGGACUUCCUUGUACGAGACAGUGCCACCAACCCAGGCCAGUACGUCCUGACGGGCAUGCACUGCGGUCUGCCCAAACACCUGCUACUGGUUGACCCAGAGGGAAUGCCCACUCCUCCUCGUCACUGCCAGGUACGAACCAAAGACAUGCUGUUUGAGAGUAUCAGUCACCUGAUCAGCUACCACCUGAAGAACGAGCUGCCCAUCGUGGCAGCCGAGAGCGAGCUGCACCUCAAACAGGUGGUCCGGAGGAAAGAGGGGACAGCGUUCUGGAAUGGAGUCAGAGGUGUGUCCAUAUAACCCCCAGGGAGGAAGAUCUUCACUUUGGCAUAUCCCCAGAAUCAGAGCUUUCGCAGGGGUAGGAGGACACAGGCAACUCCCUCUGUCCAGGACCCAAGGGCAUGGCUGCAGUACCUGGCUGCCUCCGACAGUGCCGACAAACUUUCCACCAUCUCCACCUGAACUCUCAGGAGAGAGGAUACAGUCAUUAAGCUAACCGACGCCUCAGAACAGCCCAGCCAAUCACAAGGAUGGAAUGUGAGGUCACAGUCACAUUCAGUAGUUGUUCCAUAGGAAAGCAUCAUUUGUGAGUGCAUGAUGAUGUUGCACCUCAUACUGCUGAUGUCAUACGCAGUCCCAGAAUGAUUUGGGUUCCCUGUGUCUUUCAACGGACAAAUGUGAACAUUGUAUAUGAUAUGUGAGAAACUCCUGGCAGCAAAAUAUCACUAAAUUGUUUUAUCAGAAUGCAGUUCUUUGCUCCUCAGACACUGGGAUGCUUUAAUGGACUUUUAUAAACUGUUCAUUUGCAGCAGUAGCACCUGCACCUUCAUGAUUUAUUCAUAUGUAAUCUCAGGACCUAAUUCUGAAGGUGUUAAAUAUCUGAUUGCAUUAAUUGAAAUAUGCUUCAGAGAUACAGUACUAACCAGACACCAACCCUGAAAAUGUGUCUGUCUCUGUCCCAUCCAUAUCCACAGGAAGUCUGCAUAACACAACAUUGGGACUAUACAGUUGGCCAAAAUACAUGGGUAGAACUCCGAAUAUCAAUGUGUUCAAUAAUAACCACAUGCUUGUCAAAGUGUUUGUAUGGGACAGUCAUAGCUCGUCAGUGAAUACCUACCCAAGUUGUGUGUUACCAUUGCUACUGUGUGAAGUUAUCACACUGGUCAGAGCCUGUGCUCUCAGAAGGCAGACUACAUUACUACAAAUGACUCAGUGUAAAGAUAAUUAAGACCCAUAAAAUAGUUCAGUGCCUUAAUACUUGGUGUUUCAUAUCUUUCCUCCCAAAUCACUUGUGCAGUAUCAUACAUUCUAUAUAUACCACAGCAGAAGACAGUAGUGUGUGCUGCAUGUAUGUAUGCCCUGAGAGCAAAUGGCACAUUUUCUUGCCAUGCCAAAUCACACUUUAAUCAAUGAAUGGAGUGGACUGAAAGUCAAAUCAUCCCUUUUUAUUGUGAAACUUUCUAUAAGCUGCUGAUGUAUGGGAUAGGGGGGGUGUAAAUACUGUAGAACAUCCCAUAGUGUGUUCUGAUUAGCUGUCCUCUUUUGUGUGCUUCCUAUUCUAUUGUACCAGUCCUCCAAUCAAUAAUCUUCAUGAGCAUAGGCCCUUACUGAUUUGAUCACCAUCCUGUGUUGUUAAUGGCAACAUGUUUUAUCAAUAGAUAGGGGAUCUCCUGGUAUCUGCUGUGUCUUUGUCUCAGUCCAGGCACAGGGAGACAGAGGACAUGGCUUUCUGGGACGUUAGUGUACUUUACAGUAUGCAACUUUUCCAAAUGACCCCUUUGCUUUAUCAGGCCUUUCUUGUAUCUACUCUUCUUUGAACUAAAUACAUUUUUUUCAAUAAAAUUUGUCAAAAUUAAGGUUA